UACUAUACAAACUAUUUUAUAUUGCAGAGAUUCCUUCCGAUUGCAUUUGCUGUGAUAGCAGUUGUUCGUGCGGCUACUUUGCCGGCCGACUAUCUGCCACCCGUUGUGGAUAACAGUUUGCCUGUACAAGAAUACUUAGCGCCAGUCGACGAGGCUGCACAAGAACACACUGUGCUAGCCGAUGAUGGUUACCGUUAUAAGGCAGUACAUCGUCUUAAACUUCGUCAUCGUCGUGAUGUAAAUGAAUUACCUGAAAAUGAAUACCUGCCACCCGCGGAGGAAGUCCAAGAGAGCGCUGUAGAAGAAUCCGUUGAGCCUGCUCCUGAAGUCAAAACUGAAUUGGCUGAUGAUGGCUACCGUUACAAGACAGUUCGUCGUCUUAAAUACCGCAAACGUCGUGACGUUGAUGAAGUCCCACAAAACGAAUAUCUCCCACCCACUGAAGACGCUCCAGUGUCCGUUGUUGCUGAGGCUACUGAAGCCGCUGAGCCAGCUGAGCCCUCUGCUGAAGAAGGAACUGAGUUGGCUGCUGAUGGAUACCGUUACAAAACAGUACGUCGUUUGAAAUACCGCAAGCGCCGUGACGUUGAUGAAGUUCCACAAAAUGAGUACCUCCCACCUACUGAAGACGCUGAAGAAUCCGUUGUUGCUGAGGUUACUGAAGCCGCUGAGCCAUCUGAGCCCGCUGCUGAAGAAGGAACUGAAUUGGCUGCUGACGGUUACCGUUACAAGACUGUUCGUCGUUUGAAAUACCGGAAGCGCCGUGAUGUUGAUGAAGUCCCACAAAAUGAGUACCUCCCACCUACUGAAGACGCUCAAGAAUCCGUUGUUGCUGAGGUUACUGAAGCCGCUGAGCCAGUACAGCCCGCUGCUGAAGAAGGAACCGAAUUGGCUGCUGAUGGUUACCGUUACAAAACAAUCCGUCGCUUGAAGUACCGCAAGCGCCGCGAUAUUGAUGAAGUUCCACUAAACGAAUACCUACCACCUACUGAGGAUGCUCAAGAGUCCGUUGUUGCUGAGGUUACUGAAGCCGCUGAGCCAGUACAGCCCGCUGCUGAAGAAGGAACCGAAUUGGCUGCUGAUGGUUACCAUUACAAGACUGUUCGUCGUUUGAAAUACCGCAAGCGCCGUGACGUUGAUGAAGUUCCACAAAAUGAGUACCUCCCACCUACUGAAGACGCUCAAGAAUCCGUUGCUGCUGAGGUUACUGAAGCCGCUGAGCCAUCUGAGCCCGCUGCUGAAGAAGGAACUGAAUUGGCUGCUGACGGUUACCGUUACAAGACUGUUCGUCGUUUGAAAUACCGCAAGCGCCGUGAUGUUGAUGAAGUUCCACAAAAUGAGUAUCUCCCACCUACUGAAGAUGCUCAAGAAUCCGUUGUUGCUGAGGUUACUGAAGCCGGUGAGCCAGCUGAGCCCUCUGCUGAAGAAGGUACUGACUUGGCAGCCGAUGGUUACCGUUACAAGACUAUUCGUCGUUUGAAAUACCGUAAGCGCCGUGAUGUUGAUGAAGUCCCACAAAACGAAUACCUCCCACCUACUGAAAACGCUCAAGAGUUCGUUGCUGCUGAGGUUACUGAAGCCGCUGAGCCAUCUGAGCCCGCUGCUGAAGAAGGAACUGAAUUGGCUGCUGACGGUUACCGUUACAAGACUGUUCGUCGUUUGAAAUACCGCAAGCGCCGUUAUGUUGAUGAAGUUCUACAAAAUGAGUAUCUCCCACCUACUGAAAAUGCCCAAGAGUCCGUUGUUGCUGAGGUUGCUGAAGCAGCUGAGCCUGCUGAUGAAGAAGGAACUGAAUUGGCUGCUGAUGGUUACCGUUACAAAACAGUCCGUCGCUUGAAGUACCGCAAGCGCCGCGAUGUUGAUGAAGUCCCUCAAAAUGAAUACCUUCCACCUACUGAGGAUGCUCAAGAGUCCGUUGUUGCUGAUGUUACUGAAGCCGCUGAGCCAGUAGAGCCCGCUGCUGAAGAAGGAACCGAAUUGGCUGCUGAUGGUUACCGUUACAAAACAAUCCGUCGCUUGAAGUACCGCAAGCGCCGCGAUGUUGAUGAAGUUCCACAAAACGAAUAUCUACCACCUGUUGAGGAAGCUCAAGAAACUGUUGUUACUGAGGUUGCUGAACCUGCUGAGCCAGCUACUGAUGAUGCUACCGUCUUAGCUGACGACGGUUACCGAUACAAAGUAGUACGUCGGCUAGAAUACCGUCACCGUCGUGAUGUGAAUGAACUACCAGCUAAUGAGUACCUGCCACCAACAGAGGAAGGCCAAGAAGUUGCGGAGCAGCAACCAGAAGAAGAAACAGCUGCGCUCGCCGACGAUGGCUAUCGGUACAAAACUGUGCGCCGUUUGAAAUAUCGCCGCCAUUAGUUAGAUCAAUUGCAUUUUAAGACACAUAGGAACAAAAAGCUAUUAUUCAUGUACAUAAAACAUAUAGGCAAAGGUAUACACUUAAGAUAUGAAGGAAGAAAUGAAGUAAAUCACGAAAAACAUAAAACAAAA